AUGAUUUCAGGCGUACUCUCUUGGCCAACUGCAGUAUUUGUAAUGAAGAGUGAAGAAGUUAAAGCUAUACUGAAACCGUUGUAUGAUGCAAUGGAAAAACACUACUACAACGGGGAGCUGGAAAAAUCGCUUGACUAUUUCCACACUGACGCGGUUGUUGUAAGCAAAGGACAGGAAGUGCAAUAUGGGAAAAAACAAAUAGCGGAAGCAUUCAAGAAAUUCACCGAGGAGCACGGAGUCGUAAAAUUUGCCCGAAGCAACGAGAAUUUCUGUGGAGCCGAAUGUUGCCUCUGUAUGUCAUGUGACGUCACACUCGACACACCAAAAAAAGGGAAACAAAAGGCGAAAGUUUUUCAUAUUUGGAGGAAAGAAGAUGGAAAAUGGAAGCUCUUUCAUGACGAAUAUCAAAUUUGUGCUUAA